UAGGUUGCUUCCUUUUCAUGCAUAGAGCGCAUAGAUCGUUUGGAAAUCUAUAAUAUAUGUCACGUGAACUAUAGAUUUUCAGCUCAAUGCGUGAAACGGAAUGCAUGGGAACUAGGAACACAUCUAUAUAGUGAACGUGACGUAAACUAUGCAGUGAAUAUCGGAACGCAGCCAAUAAUUUAAUAAUAUACAUUGUGGUAAUGCUUCAUUUAUAACGACAGAAUUUUGAAAGAAUAUAGAAGAAAAUGAAUAAAUAAGAGCAUCAAUGCAUAUAUAUUAUGUGAGUUCACAUUAGUGAAUAAAAAUAUGUAUAUAUAAAAACGUUUUCAUAUACAUAUAUAUAUUACGAACUUGAAUGAUAUUCGCUUGUGCAAACUUUUUAUCCGUAAAUAUCUGAGAUAUUCACCCAUAAAAAAAACAACAAUCACACUAUCUUUUUCAUGUAUAUGACAUUACGAAAUAAAUAUAAAGAGAUAAAUAUAAAGGAUCUUGUCAAAUAGUAAGUCAAAUAGCGAGUUGUCGAUUAUCGUAAAUGUUCAAUUCAUCGCAUAACAAAGAUGCUUGCUCCGAAAACUUUGAUAAAGUUGCUGGAUCUUCUCGAUGAGGAAAAUCUGGACACCAGCUUAGAAAGUCUCUGCAAUCAAUUGCAUCAAAGUUUCUCUAAGGAAGAUCGCUUUAAGGUGGGAACAGUAUUACUGCUACAGUUACAGCACAUUGAUUUGCUACCAAAGCAUGUUCAACGUAUCAUAGCGUUAACACUGCUGUUCGAUCUAUAUAAAGGAGAACCACUAGCUUCCACGCCUUUCGCCAGUGUAUUCGUGCAGGUUCUAAAGCAAGAAAAUACUAAUGAUGGAAACUCAAAAUUACCCAAUCACACAGGUCAUAUACCACUUUUGUCUCAUUGCGAGAAGAAUUUGUUGGUCAAUUUACUGAGAUACAAUCAUAAGGACAUUAUGAAGAAAACGCCGCGGCAGAUUGUAGACGAAUUCUCUUUUGUCUCUGUGCCAUCUAUCGAUUUAACUAACUUACAAUUGCAAUUAGCGGAACAUCAAUCCGAAUUACCUUCUGUUAGUAAAUGUGGAAAUCCUAUUAUUCUACCUGAUAUAGAUCAUUCUAAAGAGACAGAAUAUGAUGAAACGACUGUAAGAAACAUAACGGAAAGCCUUAUUGUUGGUGAUCCACCUUUAUGCAGACAAAGCUAUCGUCCUGAAUUUCUGAGGCUAGUGCCACCUCUUUAUCAUUCCAUCAAUGAAAUAGCUUGGUUCAAUGUCACGGAACCGACGCAAUUUACAAUUGAGUAUGAUACUAGCAUGUGUGUGUCGAACUGCGCUGGUGCAGAAGCUCGCAAACUAAUGGGCAAGGCUUUCAAAGGUGUACUAACACUGCCGCAACAGCAGCAUCUGGUCAAUGAAUUGGAAAACGACCCAAAGCUCGUUUAUCAUAUUGGACUUACACCUUGUAAAUUACCAGAUUUAGUUGAGAAUAAUCCUCUAAUUGCAAUUGAAGUUUUAUUAAAGUUGAUGCAAUCUAGCCAAAUCACCGAAUAUUUCAGCGUUUUAGUAAACAUGGAAAUGUCCCUUCAUUCUAUGGAAGUUGUAAACAGAUUAACUACUACUGUGGAUUUACCAACGGAAUUUGUACAUUUGUAUGUCAGCAAUUGUAUAUCCACUUGCGAAACUAUUAAGGAUCGUUAUAUGCAAAGCCGGUUGGUACGACUCGUUUGUGUGUUUUUACAAUCAUUGAUAAGGAACAAAAUCAUAAAUGUACAGGAACUGUUUAUUGAAGUCCAAGCGUUUUGUAUCGAAUUUAGUCGAAUCAGAGAAGCUGCUGCAUUAUUCCGACUCUUAAAACAACUUGAAUCUGGUGAUACUGGUGGACUUAAUGCUUCAUCUACAAAAAAUAAAAUAGAUAUGUAUUAAUAUAUUAUCAUGCAAAUACCAUCUAGAGCAUGUAUGUUAUCAAUAAAUUAUUAUUGGCUAAUUAUUUAAUUAUAUAUUAUACAUUUAUGUAUUGUAUUGUCUUUUGCAUGGCUAAUUAGAUUGAAUAUAAGAUAAUAUUAUGAAUUAUAUCAAGACACAC